AUGGACAGUCUUACAGAGCAGAGGUUGACUUCUCCAAAUCUGCCAGCCCCACACCUCGAACACUACAGUGUUCUGCAUUGCACCAUGACCUUGGAUGUUCAAACGGUGGUCGUUUUUGCAGUGAUUGUGGUGCUAUUGCUUGUGAAUGUCAUACUCAUGUUCUUCCUGGGCACUCGUUAA